AUGCGCCCCAAAGACCGCCACAAUUUUGUGAUCGCGAUUAUCUGCGCCCUUCCUCUUGAGGCUAACGCCGUUGAAGCCCUUUUCAAUAAGACCUACGAUCGGCUGGGAAAAUACUAUAGCAAACAACAAGGCAACGGGAAUUCAUACAUUAAUGGAAGGAUUGGCAACCAUGAUGUGGUCCUGUGCUACAUGCUAGGAAUAAAGAAAAGAAGUGCAGUAAGUGUUGCCUCAAGUCUGCAAGUUAGCUACACGGGUGUCAAGCUUGCUUUAGUUGUUGGUAUAUGUGGAGGCGCCCCGUUACCACCAACCUAUCCAGAGAUAUUCCUAGGCAACGUUAUCAUCAGUGAUUCUGUGAUUGCAUAUGACUUCAGCAGGCAAUACCCUGGUGGCUUUCAACGGAAGUCUGGGAUCAAGGACACACUCAGCAGGCCGCAUCGAGAUAUUCAGACUCUGGCCUGA